GACUUAGAGUGGUUAUUAUAAUGGAAGAAACAAAUAAUUUCAAAACACCAAGCAAAUUAUCUGAAAAAAGGAAAUCUGUGCUAUGUUCAACUCCAUGUGUAAAUAUUCCUGCCUCUCCAUUUAUGCAAAAGCUUGGUUUUGGUACUGGGGUCAGUGUUUACCUUAUGAAAAGGUCUCCAAGAGGUUUAUCUCAUUCUCCAUGGGCAGUGAAAAAGAUUAAUUCUAAAUGUAAUGAUCAGUAUCAAAGUAUGUAUCAACAGAGACUAACUGAUGAAGCUAAAAUUUUGAAAAACCUUAAUCAUCCAAACAUUGUUGGUUAUCGGGCUUUUACUGUAGCUAGUGAUGGCAGCCUGUGUCUUGCUAUGGAAUAUGGAGGUGAGAAGUCUCUAAAUGACUUGAUAGAAGAAAGGAAUAAAGAGAAUCCAGGUCCUUUUCCAGCAGCUAUAAUUUUAAAAGUUGCUCUCAACAUGGCCAGAGGAUUAAAGUAUCUGCACCAAGAAAAGAAACUGCUUCAUGGAGACAUAAAGUCUUCAAAUGUUGUAAUUAAAGGCAAUUUUGAAACUAUUAAAAUCUGUGAUGUAGGAGUCUCUCUCCCACUGGAUGAAAAUAUGACGGUGACUGACCCUGAGGCCUGUUAUAUUGGCACGGAGCCUUGGAAACCCAAAGAAGCUUUGGAGGAGGAUGGUAUUAUCACAGACAAAGCAGACAUAUUUGCCUUUGGGCUUACUCUAUGGGAAAUGAUGACUUUAUCUAUUCCACACAUUAAUCUUUCAGAUGAUGAUGAUGAAGAUAAGACUUUUGAUGAAAGUGACUUCGAUGAUGAGGCAUACUAUGCAGCUUUGGGAACUAGGCCUCCUAUUAAUAUGGAAGAACUGGAUGACUCGUACCAGAAAGUAAUUGAACUCUUCUCUGUGUGCACUAAUGAAGACUCCAAAGAUCGCCCUUCAGCAGCACAUAUUGUUGAAGCCUUGGAAAUGAACGGACAGUGA